UGAGUUAGCUUUUCAGCAUCACUCUGAGACACGUUGAGGGUAUAAAUAGAGGACUGGUCAGCCACACAGCUCCACUGGGAGGACGUUCACACAGCGACUACGUUUUGCUGAAUUCAUCGUGUUACUGCAUCAUGGGAGCUUCUGAUUCCCGUCAGUGUGUAAUCUGCAUUAAGAACAGCAGCAGGAACUACACCCUCCGUAACCCCAGACUGUAUCUGGAGAGUGGACAGUCUGACACGGCCUUACCUUCAGCUCUGCGUCCCUCUGAAUACGGCAGCGCUCUGUUUUCCAAGACUGCGGGUGCAGCUCGUGGAUCUGUUGGAGUCCUCACCUACGAUCUCUACAACGAGUCUACGAGGCGAGCCGACAAGAAGUUGGCUGCCAUGUUCUCGGUUCCCUUUGACUAUAACCUGUACUACAUCUGGCAUGGAGUCGGAGUCUUUGCCAACGACGUGCAGUGUAAUUCUUGUCUUUACAACGUGAUGAAAGACCAACAGCAGAGAGGGUUUGUGAGAGGACGAGCUGAGGGCCCCCCUCUUUGUUACAGAGAUAAUGAUGUCACUGUCACUUCCUCCAUGACAAACUGCAGUCAGGCCACCCUGACGGUGGAAGUGUUCAGCCGACAGUGAACAGUGUAACUGC